AUGUCUUCCAAUGAUGAUUCCAUACAAAAUGAUCUCCCACCUCCAUGGGAGAUUCUAGACCUUGUUUCCCACCACAUGGACCCACAAACCUUAGCAAUAGCUUCUUGUGUGUCCAAAUCUUGGUCACGAUGUUUCUCUGCUAACCACUUGUGGGACCCAUUUUGCACCACCGCAUUUCCUUCUCUUUCCUCUCUUACGGCCGCGGUGGUCCCUCGCCACCGUCUCUACGCCCUCGCUCACGCCGAGGCACUUCAUCGUAAACGAAAGCCUCGAAAACCUUGUAUUUCACUACACGGUUUGGUAUUUGCUUUAUCCGUUCGCCUCCCGACUGGGGAGGUGAACGUGAUAAUGCCGUGUAGCGACAUGCGGUGGGACCCACAUGGGUUGUUUCGGUUCGACGUUCGAGUCGAUGAGGAGAGGGAGUGGGGAUUAGAGGAAUUGAAGGAGGCGAAGGUGACAUGGGUGGUGGCGGAGAGGGAGUGGAAGGCGGUUUUUACAGUGGCGGAGGAUAGCGGGGCCGGGAAGUUGGCUUCGGUUGUUGACGGAGUAUUUUCGAAGGAGUUGCCGUUGCCGGGGUGUUGUGUGAGCACGUCAGCCGUAUCGGGUGGUCAUGUGGCGGAUAUUAGGGUAGGGUUGAAGGAGCAAGAUAAUAAGAGGAUGAACAAGAUUGAGAAAAUAAGUGUAGGGAUAAUGAGUGUGUUUAAUUGGAGACAUGUUAGUGUUGAUGAUGCUCUCAUUUAUUUGGAGCACUUCCUUCAUGGUUGA